CGCAAUCGCAAGUAGCACUGUAGACUAGCAAAAGGCGAAAGGCGAAAGGCGAAAGGCCGAAAGGGGCAGAUGAGGCAGAGCAGCCGAGCAAUCCAGAACGACACGAGGCAGCUGCUGACGGCCUUCCGCGAGGGCGAUGGGCUCGACUUUGCCGCGUUCGCCCGUGCAUGGCGACAGGUGCACUUUGCGACAUUCCACUACGCAGGUCGCGACAAUGCCGAGAAGACUGAAAAUAUGGAGAUUGCACUCGCACAUGUGCUGCACGUCAUGCUCGCGAGCAAGCUGAUCGAGACGCGCGUGUGGGGAAUGUUCACGCUGUACGCAUUGUACAAUGGCCAGCUGUGCAACCCAAAGGUCUGCAUCCGCGUGCCCAUCACGUCCUUCCCCGACCUCGUCCACUUGCGCGACACACUGGUCGCCGACAAGCUCGUUGAUGCGCUGUACACGUUCGAGCAGCUCGAGGCUGCGCAGGCGUUUCUGUUCACCGCCACCGCCUCCCGCGCCGGCCUCCCCGUCUCAAGAGACGCCAAUAAGGCAUUGGCCAUGGGAGCGCGAAGAUUGACUUCCACCUACGCCUCAGAACUCAGCGAACGCAGUGCCGUCAAUGGUAUCAUUGACGAGGAUAGCAUUGAACUCGUGGACAAGACGUUCCAGCGCUACUUUGAGGCAAAGUGUGUCCUGUCGGCGCUGGCAGCAGGCGACAACGCGCCAAGUUCGGCCGCGGCUGCGGCGGCUGCUGUUGCGAAUGGCUCCACAGCUUUGCUUCACCAUGCUCUUGGUGGUCUUGGCGCGGAAUCGAUUGGCCCGUCGCCAAUGCCUUCUCCACUUCCAUUUGCUCCGCACGAAGGCAGCAGCCAUUCCUUGCUCCAGUCGGGUCAAGGCACAUCCAGCAGCGCUUCCUCGCCAUUCAUUUCAACCUCAUCGCUCUCUCUCCUGCCAGCGACCAUGCACACGGCCUCUGCAGGCAACAGCGCGUCCGCGUUUGGCUUGGGUGUCCCUGCCGUUCCCGCGCAGCCAAUGAAGUCGCUGAACAUUGUCUCGAAUGCCAUCGCGGGGGAUCUCGCCAAGACCUUGGGUGAGUAUCGAGAAGAGUACCGUGCGAGACUGGCGGAAGGCAAGUUGGACAAGACGCGGCGGCGGGCCGAAAAUGUUGCCAUGCGCGCCCAAGCCUCUGCCCGUCGGCAAAAUUCCCAAGCACGACGGCUCGAUGCCAAGCGCAUGAGCGCGGAGCAAUCCAAGGCAGAAUGCGAGCGCAUCCUGCGUCAAUAUCUUCAGCUCCCCGCGACCGAAGCUGACGGCGAGACUCCAUCGGCGCAGAACGAGUCUUCGAGCAGCGCAGGCGAAGCAGCGACUGAACCAGUCGCUGGCGACAGCAUGGAGUCUGAUAGCCUGAGCACAGUUGGCGGCAGUAGCGGUCUGCGAAACAAACAGCCGUCGCGUUUUGUUCCAACCGCUGCAGCUGCAUCACAAGACAUGCCCUUGGUGGCUACGACCGAUCCCUCGGCUGCGACACACACCCCUGCAACAGCCAAGCCCAGUCGCUCACGCUCACGAGCACCGGUGUUUUCGAAGGCGGCGCUGGCGUUGAGCGAAGGUGCCGCACCGCGCGCUGGCAAGCAACGCACCGCAGCUCCCCCAAACCCUUUCACGCCCCUCGUUGUAUCAUCCACACCUGCGGUGUCUGGCGCUGGCGGAGAUGCGCUAGCAUCCGCGCUUGAGCAAGAUUUGGCUGCCGAGGCUGCCCAUGCAACAAUGCAACGUGCUUGGGAGGCGAGUACAUCGCGCGUCAGAUCGGCGACGUCCAGUCCACGGCAGAGAGCUGCUGCCACCAGCGAGAACAGCAGCAACAGCGAUGCAAGUUCGAAUCGCAGAACCGCGCGUGGUUACAAUCGCGACGACGAUGGCGAGCAGGAUUAUGUAGCCGGCAGCAGCAGCAGCAGCAGCAGCAGCGGAUCUCGGUCCUCACGUGCCAGUACACGACGUACUCGGCCACGUCUUGCCACGGAGGAUGAUGGUUGAAAAACGUCCUUGGAGAUGCCAACGGGAGGUUGAUUUGAUUCUAGUUUCUGUGCGGCCCCCCCCACCCUACUCCUCUUGACAGUGUUGCUCCCUUCAAUACAUGGAUUUGUCGACAA